GGCUGAUGCGGGUGGGAAAGACAUCUAUAUUGUCCAAUGAGAUGAAAGGUUUUUAUACUGAGCUCGUGAAACGGACUGUUAUAUUUUUCUUCCAGAAUAUAUGGAGAUCAACAUGUACCAGGUCCCCAACCCAGGCCUGCCGGGAUGCCCACCCGGCCUAGAAUAUCUAACACAGGUCGAUCAGCUACUCAUCAAACAGAAAGUCGAGUUUAUUGAAGCCCUGGCUGGCUUUGAGAGCAACAACAAGUAUGAGGUGCGUAAUGCCAUGGGUCAGAACGUGUUCUAUGCUGUGGAGGAGAAUGACUGUCUUAGCAGGCAGUGCUGCGGACCCCUACGAUCCUUCACAAUAAAAGUCCUUGACAACUUUGGACAGGAGGUCAUCACAGUCACCAGACCUCUCAAGUGCAUGUCCUGUUUCUUCCCCUGCUGUCUGCAAGAGCUGGAGGUGCAGGCCCCCCCAGGGAACACGGUAGGCUACGUGGUCCAGCAGUGGCACCCCUUCUCCCCGAAGUUCAUCAUAGAGAAUGAACACAGAGAGGCUGUGCUGAGGCUGCACGGACCCUUCUGUGGCUGGAGUUGCUUGCCUGAUGUUGACUUUGAGAUAGUGACCAUGGAUGAAGUGGAUAAGAUAGGGAAGAUCAGUAAGCAGUGGACCGGUCUACUCCGUGAGGCGUUCACGGACGCUGAUAACUUUGGAAUCCAGUUCCCCAUGGAUCUUGACGUGAAAAUGAAGGCUGUGAUGAUAGGAGCUUGUUUCCUCAUCGAUUUCAUGUUCUUUGAGAGCGGUAACCAACCCUAGCAGCUGAAGAGUAGUCUACAUCUCAGACAGUCUGCACUCCUGGAGCUAUAACUUCCUGCUGGUCAUGGACAAGGUCUCAGAUAGACAUGGUACUAUGUGUGACAUAUCUUGUUGGCAUAGUAAGAACCAUAGAAAUAGAUGUACCAAGGGAUUACAGGUGAAUGUGAUGUAAUGGCACUAGUUUUAGCUUCUGGGGUUGAUAGACAUUGCAGCUAAAUCAGUCAAACCAGGGUGUGUGUGUGUGUGUGUGUGUGUGUGUGUGUGUGUGUGUGUGUGUGUGUCAGUGUCCAUUGUGCUGUAUAUAUUUAGAGAUUGUAUAUAAAGAAGUGUUCAUAUGUGUGUUUUUACAGUGUGUACAUUGUGGUUGCGUUGCACUCAACCCUCAGUUUUGUUAAAGGGUUGUGUGCUACCACUUUACCCAUUUGCCACAUGUGAAAAUAAAAUGAACACCAUCUUUAUCUAAACCACUAUGCUGAAGGGAAUGUGAAAAGGAAAGGGAGAGAGAAAUGCUAUGUAGCUUAAAGAAGAAAUCUACAAAAACAUGUUAUAUUUUUUGGUAAAUCUGAAGACCUUAAUAUGUUCUUGUGUCAACAGUAUAUUACUUUACCGGAUAUUUUACUGUGUUUUGCUCGAGACAACUUUUGUAUGUAGUAUUUUGAGACUUUUGAUAUUUAAUUUAUUUAUUUGUUGUAUUUAUGUAGCUUAAUAUUGUUUAUUGUUUUUUCAUGGCGAUUGUAAUUUGUGGGAAAGUUGACAUAAUGUUCAGUAUUAAAAAAAAAGUCCUCCAGUGUGA